AUGACUACUUACCUUUCAGCAGCACCGCAACAACAACAUCCUCACCGUCAAUUGCGAACAUUCUCAAACAAAGAAAAUUCACCUUCACCUUCAGUAUUCGAAUUGACCGACAUCGACGCUAUUUCAACUUCGCUUCAAACCUCUUUAUCAGGAGUGACAUCAUCUCUUCGAUCGAAGAAAUCAUCUGCCCCAGGAUUGGGUAUUGGUAGAGCACCAAAAUUCACUUAUCGAAAACAUUCAUCUAAACCGUACGGACGAGUAAGUUCUAUACAAAGAGCCAAGAAACACCUGAAUCGAACAACAUCGUCUUCUUCUACAACGACAACCAAUAAUAACACUAAAUCUAAACCACCUAAAAGAGGAUUGAAGUCUCGUCCUAAACCAAUACCAUCACAUUUACAGAUACAACAAAAUCCUCUUAAACCACACGAUGAGGAUAAGAAAUUAAGUGUUAUGGAUAGAGUCAGAUUGGACAGAUGGAGAAAAUCGAUUUGGAGACCAAACGUUCAAAUACUCAAUCAAACUCAAGAUCAAGGUCAUAAUCAAGAUCAACAACAUCAAUGUCAACCUCAAGUCAGAGUUCCAUUGAUGUUACCUUAUCCUAGGUUCCCACCUGUAUCCAAUAUCGACAAUGAUGAUUUAAGAGAUAUCCCUAUCCAAUACAUACUCGAUCGACUGACACCAAUGCUGCCUUCAAUCUCAACUAUCACCUUAGCUUAUCGACCAUAUGCUACCAUUCAACACCCCGACCCAACAAUUCAAGCUGGUUCCACGCUGGCUUUGGCCAUUCCAGAAAUAAUCGAUGGAUCAAAGCCACAUUGGCGUCAAAAGGCAAGAGGAAGAGAACCUGAUAUGGUUCUUGGUGUUAUGAAGAAAGGUGCUGAAAGUGAAAACGGGAAAAUGGUAAUUCCAGUGAUGUCGACGGUCUUCGCUAGUCAAUGUGCUUAUUGGCCAAGAUUGACAACUCCGCCUUCGGCCUCAUCCUCAUCCACACCUUCUUCUUCCUUCACUGCGCCAUCCGUUGCACCGACCCAAACGCAAUCUGAAGCAGCUGUAUCCGCAAUCUUACCAGCUAUAUUAGAGACAUCUGAAUGUGUUACAUCUUGCGAAUCCGAUAAAUCAUGGUCAUCCGAUUCUGAAUCUGAUUCAGAUAACGAUAACGAUAACGAACGCCCUCAAAUACCUUCACCAAAAAUUGAUGAUCAAGGAUUUUUACAUCUUCCAAUCAUACCAUUGCCAUUACCAUCACCUGAGACAUUUAAUCUCAUACAUCGACAUUUACAUCAUCCCAACCGACCUUUGAUACCUGAUCUUCUAUCCUUACCAGAUACUUGUACGUCAAGAAAGAAUAUCGUGGACGCUUUAUCGGAGUUGACGGUUCAACAAUUAAUGUCGAAAUUGGAGAUCUUACAAGGUGUAUGGCAGAAUUUAUGUUGCUUAGGUAUAGGAAGACUGGGUACGUGGAAACAACUAGGUGAAGCUUGGGCAUGUACGGUCGGUAUCAUCGCUGGAAAUGGAAUGUUACUUAGAGGAACAGAAGAUCAAUCAAAAGAUGGAAAUGGUCAUAGAUCAAAAGUGAGGACUGCGGCGGAAGAAGUAGCUUGGGAGUGGGUAAAAAGGGAAAGGAUUAAAGAAGGACAAUGA